CUAGGCUUCUCCCAGCAGCCUGGGAGCGGCGGCGGGCGCAGCAAAGGCGGCAGGAGGAGCGCCGCCGGCCGGCCGCGCCAGUCCCUCGGGCAGCGGCGGCGGCGGCGCUGGAUUAGCUCCCGAGGUGCCGCGGAGCCCGGCGCUCCCCGGCGGGGCUAGGAGAGGAGAGAAGCGGGGGCUGCAGCUGGGCAAGGGGGAGGAAAGUGACCGUGUGUGAGUGCGUGGGUGCCCGAGUGUGGGGGGCGACAGGCUCGAAUUAGGGCGGCAGAGAGGGCAGGGGAACCGGGGUGGGGCCCCCUAGGGUCUCCCGCGGCGGCGCCAGCUUCCCGGCGCCCCUCACCAUGGACUUGCGCGGAGUUGGGAUGUGCCUUGGCCGCAGCGCGCGGGUGGCUGCCCGGCCCUGGGGGUGCGCGGGCGCGCGCACAGGGAUGGCGAGGUAGGAUGGCGGUCCAGUGCGACCCCUACCGCCCCAACCCAGUGGCCCCCGGGCGGUGCAGCUGACUCGUUGGAGCGCACUGGGGUGUGGGCGGAGGCGGCCCAGCCGUGCCCGCGUCUUCGGGAGUUGCUUUGCCUCUUCCACCCACUCGCACCUGCCACCUCGCGGAUACCAUGUCGAAGGCGGCCGGAGGUGCAUCGGCGGCGGCGGCGGAAAGUUGUCCGCCAACCUCUGCCGGCCCGUCUGCGGCCACUGCCGUUGAGGACCUGUCCAAAGUGUCGGACGAGGAGCUGCUGCAGUGGAGCAAGGAGGAGCUGAUCCGCUGCCUGCGGCGCGCGGAGGCGGAGAAGGUGAGCGCGAUGCUGGACCACAGCAACCUCAUCCGCGAGGUCAACCGCCGCCUGCAGCUACACCUCGGCGAGAUCCGCGGGCUCAAGGAUAUUAACCAGAAACUCCAGGAGGACAACCAGGAACUGAGGGACCUCUGCUGUUUCCUGGAUGACGACCGGCAGAAGGGCAAGAGGGUGUCCCGGGAGUGGCAGAGGCUGGGCCGCUACACGGCGGGGGUGAUGCACAAGGAGGUGGCCUUAUACCUGCAGAAGCUGAAGGAGCUGGAGGUGAAGCAGGAGGAGGUGGUGAAGGAGAACAUGGAGCUCAAGGAGCUCUGCGUGCUGCUGGACGAGGAGAAGGGCGCAGGCUGCGCGGGUAGCCGCUGCUCCAUCGACAGCCAGGCCAGCCUCUGCCAGCUCGCCGCCACCACGGCGCCCUACGUGCGGGACGUGGGCGACGGCAGCAGCACCUCCAGCACGGGCAGCACCGACAGCCCGGACCACAAGCAUCACGCGAGCGGCGGCAGCCCGGAGCACCUGCAGAAGGCCCGGGCCGAGGGCAGCCCGGAGCACUCCAAGCGCAGGAGUGCCAGCCCUGAGCAUCUGCAGAAGCCCAGGGCCUCCGCGAGCCCAGAUCACCCCAAAGCCCUCAAAGGACCCAGCCCCGAGCACCACAAACCCUUGUGCAAGGGCAGCCCCGAACAGCAAAGGCACCCGCACGCGGGGAGCAGCCCCGAAGCGCUGCCCAAGCACGUGCUGAGCGGGAGCCCGGAGCACCUACAGAAGCACAGGCCCGGGGGCAGCCCCGAGCACGCCAGGCACAGCGGAGGGAGCCCCGAGCAUCUUCAGAAACACGCCCUCGGCGGGAGCCUGGAGCAGCUACCCAGAGCCCGGGGCACCAGCCCGGAGCACCUCAAACAGCAUUACGGGGGUAGCCCCGAUCACAAACACGUGGGCGGAGGCGGCGGAGGCGGCGGCGGCGGCGGUGGCGGAGGCGGCAGCGGCGGUGGCAGCAGGGAGGGCACCCUCCGAAGGCAGGCGCAAGAGGAUCUGUCACCCCAUCACCGGAACGUCUACAGUGGCAUGAACGAAUCAACCUUGUCCUAUGUUAGGCAGCUGGAGGCAAGAGUAAGACAGCUGGAGGAGGAAAAUCGCAUGCUGCCCCAGGCCACCCAGAAUAGAAGGCAACCUCCAACUAGAAACAGCUCAAAUAUGGAGAAAGGCUGGGGGCCCAGAGCCCGGCGGGUCUUGCAGUGGUGGCAAGGGUGCCGAGGAAUAGGACGAUGCCUGCCCACUCUCCCGGGUUCUUUUAGGUUGUCAUCAGGGGCUGAUGGGAAUAACAGUUCACCCAACUCUCCACCUAGCUUCAGUGGACAUACCACACCUUCUCAGCAGCCUGAACCCGUGGUACACUCUCUUAAGGUUGUAUGGAGGAAACUUGGAGAUGCUGCAGGUUCGUGUCCUGGAAUUAGGCAGCAUUUGUCUGGAAACCAGUACAAAGGACCCAUGUGAGAAGGACUCUCUUUCAAACAUGACAUCACCACUGCAAGAGAGAUAGAAGAAAAGAGUGGAUUUCCACAAACCUGGACUCAUGGAAUAACAUGGAGUGAUUGUACAUUGCACAUAUUUUCCCUCUAAAACCUUUAGUUGUAUAACUGAAGUUGUAUUUUGUCUCUCACUUCAAUGUUCACAACAGUCAAUCUCAAACAAGGUAGCUUUGAAAAUCACCAUUUUGGUACCAAUAUUUUCAUUAGAACUAAAAGUUUUUGACUCUACAGAUCGAAGAUUGUAAUUGGGAAACCUGCAUGAUUGGAAGAGUCCAGUAGAGCCUCUGCGGUUUUGAUAGAAUUGAAUCAUUGCAUAUAAUGGUGGGAGUGUUCUACCAUAUUGUUCCAGAUAAGAGGUGGUUUCCAGCUUCCCAAGUUGGAGAGUUGGUCACCUAUUAUAUUUUAGUUAAUAAAAUACUAGUUCCUGAUGCAUAAUUGAUUUGAAUGCAAGAUAAGAUUAGGUUUCUGGGAUUUUGUUUUGACUUUUGAGGUGCUAAAAAUACCACAUAAAUUUUCCUUAUCAGCUAGGAGGGUAGCAAGACUUUGUCAAGCGCUUAUCAGUGAGUAUCAUUUAUUUCAGUUGAUAAAAGUAAAUAUAUCUUUUCUUUUCAUCUUAAUGUAUUGUUCAUGAAGACACAUCUUGGGAACAUAUCAACCUCCAUCUUCAGUGUAUUCAUUAAUGUUAAUAUUAACAGUUUCAAUUAAAGAACAAGCAAACAAUUUUUCUAAGUGUUUCCAGCUGUGAGAUGUCAAUUUCUACAAUUUAGUUUCUAGACAUGCUGUUAUACUUAAUAAACUUUCUGUAAACUUUAAAAUAUUGCACUGCAUUUAUGAAAAAAGCUUUCUUAGCCUACAGCAGCUAUGUAACAUUUUAUGAAACUGACGCAUGUCCUUCAUUAUUGAAGCUAAAAGCUCUUGUUCAGAUUGCUUGAGGUUUGAAAAGGAGGUGUGCUAGCUUUGCUUAGUUUUCCUUAUUUUUGGUGUAUAUAUAUAUAUAUAUAUGUGUGUGUGUGUGUAUAUAUAUAUAUAUAUAUAUAUAUAUAACAGACUGUGUGUAUUGGAAAUGCUAUGAUAGGUAUUUUGUGUUUAUCUAAAUGCAACGAUAGUUUCUUGUAUGAAUGUGCAAGAGGCCUGUGACCGAAUGCUAAGUUUAUAUUGUAGUUUAAGACUAUAAAAGUAGGAAUGCAACAAUUCCCAGAUUUCUUCUAAAUUACUCAGAUUUGAUUCAUAGCAGAUAUUCUGUUGUUGCUCUUGUUUUUAAACAGGCUCAUUAGACAUGUAUUAAUUGUCAUUGGUGAAGGAAUUGUUACACUUUUUUGAAUGUUACUGUGAUGAAAAAGCAGCCCUCUGGUCUCAGAAAAUAUUUAUGAAUUAAUUUGCUAUAGAAUUUUCUCUAAUUAUUGUAAUUGGGUUAUCAUUUAAGCUUUUCUUUUAAAAUGUUAUAUAUUUUAAGAAUAUUAUUACUCUAUAAAAGAAAAUUGCUAUAUUUACACCUUCUCUUGAAAAGCUUUCAUCUUUAAAUUGUUGUAUUCCUACACUCUGAAGACAUUUAAAACAAGUUUCUGUGCCUGCAGUAGAGCCUGCAGAAGCUAAUACAAGGAACACUGGUCUUUUGACAAAAUGUGUAGAUUUUGAUACUGUAUUAAAACUAUUUUUUUAAAGUUCUGCAUAAAAUUGAGUAUCAAGUAUAUGUGUUCAUCUUAGCAAUGAUAAUAAAUUAUUUAAUCGCAGUGGUUUUUUUCUUCAAAAUGUUUUUCCUAAAUUGAGAUUUCUAAUAGUCACUA